GUUGUUGUCCUCCGGUAUUUGGGCUGGAUCUGUGUAGGGGGUUCGCGGCCGCUGGCUGGGUGAGAAGCUUUGGUCCAGGGAGCCGGAGAGAGAAAAAGAAAACUCGAACUUAAACCCAGGCAGCAAGAUGGACGUUCUGAAAUCGGAAAUCCUCCGGAAGCGGCAGCUGGUAGAGGACAGGAACCUGUUGGUGGAAAAUAAAAAAUAUUUCAAGCGUAGUGAACUUGCAAAAAAAGAAGAGGAAGCAUAUUUUGAAAGAUGUGGCUACAAGAUACAGCCAGAAGAGGAGGACCAGCAACCAUUAACUUCAUCAAAUCCAGUAUUAGAACUUGAGCUGGCAGAAGAAAAAUUACCCAUGACUCUUUCUAGGCAAGAGGUUAUCAGAAGAUUGCGAGAAAGAGGAGAACCAAUCAGACUAUUUGGAGAAACUGAUUAUGAUGCUUUUCAGCGUUUAAGGAAAAUAGAGAUCCUCACACCAGAAGUUAACAAGGGAUUGAGGAAUGAUCUGAAAGCAGCUUUGGAUAAGAUCGAUCAGCAGUACCUCAAUGAACUUGUGGGUGGCCAAGAACCUGGAGAGGAAGACACCCAGAAUGAUUUGAAAGUUCACGAAGAAAACACCACAAUUGAAGAGUUAGAGGCACUGGGAGAGUCUUUAGGAAAAGGCAAUGAUCACAAAGACAUGGACAUCAUCACCAAAUUCCUUAAGUUUCUUCUUGGUGUUUGGGCUAAGGAGCUGAAUGCCAGAGAGGAUUAUGUGAAGCGCAGUGUGCAGGGUAAACUGAACAGUGCUACUCAGAAACAGACAGAGUCCUAUCUCAGACCUCUUUUCAGAAAGCUACGAAAAAGGAAUCUUCCUGCUGAUAUUAAAGAAUCCAUAACAGAUAUCAUUAAAUUCAUGUUGCAGAGGGAAUAUGUGAAGGCGAAUGAUGCUUAUCUUCAGAUGGCCAUUGGAAAUGCCCCCUGGCCCAUUGGUGUCACUAUGGUUGGCAUCCAUGCCAGAACUGGUAGGGAAAAGAUUUUUUCCAAGCACGUUGCACAUGUUUUAAACGAUGAGACACAGCGGAAAUACAUUCAGGGGCUGAAGAGGUUAAUGACCAUUUGCCAGAAGCACUUUCCUACAGAUCCAUCCAAGUGCGUGGAGUACAACGCACUGUGAGAUCUGUGUGUGGUCCAGAAACAUCAGCAAGAACCUUAAGGAAGCCUGGCACGGACUUCUGGGUUUACCAGCAGGAAUGAGGGAAGAAGGAAAAAGGAGUUUCUGGUUUCUGAUUUCUACCUAAUGCAACUCUUGGUUUUAAGAACUGUGCUGGCUCUCGUGUCACAUCUGACUGCAAAGUGAUUUUUGUGUCUUUUAUUUUAAGUAGUCAAAGAAUUAAGUUCUAAAGACUUUUCCCCGUAAUUUAAAUGUGUGGACAAAAGUCACAGGACAGGGUUUAAAACAACUUUUUCCCUCUAGACCUGAAAGUUGCAGUUAAAGGAUUAAAAAGGAACAUUUGAGGAUG